AAGAGUCGGGUAUCAUUAAGAGUUCAGAUAGUAAACGUGGAAAUGCGAUUAAACAUGAUCAAAUUGGUCAGCUGUGGGUGGCCAAGACUGCUGGCCUUUGUUUGCAUCUUGUGCACGUGUUCCAGCGCAAUACAAGAGUGUACAGAAGACUAUAACCACGCCGGACCCACAACCAAAGACAUAUUAGUGACGUCAUUCUUUUCCGUUGAGUACCAGGCUGAGGAACAUACGUCACAAUGCCGGGUUCGUUACAGCGUUCCCUUGAAUGCAACCGUUUAUCAGGGGAUGAAAGCUGCUCACCAGCAACACGGAGACAACUUCACAUAUGAAUACGACACUUAUAGUCAGUUUGGUCAUCACGUGACGGCAAUCAAUGGGGUGAAAGGUCAUGACACAACUCAUUGGGCCCUACACCACGGAGAUACAUUGGAAGCUGCAGAAUAUGGUGUAGAUCUUCUGCACAUCGAAGCUGAUGAUCUGUAUCUUUGGCGUUAUACAGACUACGAAGAUGGAGAAUUCGACCCGUUUAACUCUACUGGAGAAUGUCAUUCUGCGGUGGAUGAUAUCCUACCAGCUCUCCCUUUCACUGAUGUAGUCGUGUAUCUAUCGGUAUCGACAGAAAACACCGCUUUGUUUACCAACGGGACGUUCGUAUCAAAGGUGUGCAAGCGACUGGUUCUGACAGAGGCGACGUCUACACUGUAUGACGUCACGUUGGCGGCAAAUGAUCAAUCCAUUACAUUGUUUUUAGCUGAAUUGGAUUCCGAAGAUCAUGCUAUCACCCAACUAAAUGGUUUAAUGAAUCAGGGAGGAUACACAUGGAGAAUAUUUGAUGCGGUAUCUCAACAGAUAUUUCCAACAGAUCUGAGUAUCACUACAAUCCAAGAUGGCGGCCACUAUGAAUAUCGCUUCACAGAAGACAAUCUCUAUCCAACUCAACCAUACAAAGAUUUCACAACCGAAUCUAGAUCUGGAAGGUUGUCGAUAGUCUACUUUCAUUAUAUAAUUGCCCUAGUAUCAGUUUUUAUGACAUUAUCAUGAUAAAUGAUGAAUUCAAUGCACAUUAUUGAAAAUAAGACAAUGGUUUAAAAUUUACAAAAUCAUGUCUUGUGCAACAGAGCACAAUCUGUCACUAAACUCAGUUGCCAAUUUGUUUUAGAUGUAUAAUUAUUUGAUGAUCAAAAUAGGCUAAACUAUCUGUUGUAUUUCCAUUGUCGAAGUUGAGUUAAUCAGUUAGCCAGGUAAUGGAUGAAAGAAAAUGGACUAGCAAUCAUGAAAAAUCUCAAACAGUUCUCUCAUUUGGUAUAAUUUUCAUAUAUUUUCCCAUUAACUUUUGCACAAAUUUAAACCUUUCUACUCGUCAUAACCUCCAAACGACCUUUCAAUAAAUAUUUUUUUAUAAUACACUGACAUACAUAUAGACGCUGACAUGAUAAAAUUUAUUAAACUUUGAUCAGUAAAUAACUUUGAUCAGAAAAAUGAGAAUGAUAAUAUACAUUCAUGCUUAGUAAUUUUUCUCAUACCUGGGCAAGUCCCAGAUAUUUGGUCGUUUGGUGUCUCAUACUUUAACCUGUUAACUACUGAAUUACAGGGACACACAAUUCCCAUGAAAAACAGGAUAUUAACAUUGCAUUGUUUUUGUGAGGUCUGAACACAAAUUGAAGUCAAAUGUGUCAUUUUACUUCAUAUUUCGUCUGCUCUAAGCUCUAGUGUUGCCAAUCACUGAAUUCACUGAUCAAACUUACUUAACCGGUUGACUACUGCAUUCUCCAUUUCCCAUAGGCUUAAUACAAAGACCACCCAGUUCCUCCAGGCAAAGCGUUACAAUAGCUCUUUACAGACACAAACUUUGAGAAUAUUUGAAUAAUCUCUUAAGCAUAAAUAAAAUGACACCUUACCAAUAAAAUAAGAAGUAUUUAAUGUUUCAUUUAAAAACAACUAGGGAAAAUCUUCUAUAUACAGUUUAUCAGAUGACUCUUUAUAAGUGUUGUUUAUUCAUUAUGGUACAUAUCACACGACUAUUCACAAGCAGCUGUAUAUUUAAUGUGGUACAAAUAGAUACAAAAUUUGCUACUCUGGCAUAAAAUAUAUCGUCAGUUCAGAGCCAGAGGGGCAUUCACUCAGUGUUAUUAAGAAUGAGUUAGGUCCCUACUGGCUCCAAACAGAUGAUGUAAGAAUUUAAUUCUCCUAAUAAAUUCAUGUAUUCAAGAUUAAGCAUAAUUGAUUAAUCUAUUUUAUUCACAAGAAUAAAAGACAGUGGAAUGUACCUGUAGGAACAAUAUUUUGCCUUUGCUUUGUUAUUACAAUCAAUCUAUGCUGCUGUACAUAAAAGAAUAACGUGCAUCAUUAAAUUCUCAAGAAAUUUAGCUUGAUUUACCUUGAUGAUAAAGUAUAAUAAACUUCUUUGCCACUCAA